AUGGCCCACACCGACCGAGGAUGGGUACACCAUCGGUACAACCUGUCACAGUGCCGGAUGGGGACCACUCACACCGAGGAGGUCCGCAAAAAGAUCUCUGCGGCCAUGAGGCUCAGUCACGCAAAGCGACGACAGAAGGCGGAGGCUGCCAGGGCCGCGUCCGGCGUGCAGAUGCUGGAGCUUGAGGCCACGCUCAUGCGCAGGCACGACCCCGCCCACCAGAAUCUGCCCAGCCUGCUGGAGCUGCUGGGCCCGCAGGAGCUGCGGGACAUCGCGGCGGGGGGCGGCGGCACCGAGGGCAUGCGCGCGCUGGCCCGCGAGCGCCUGGUCAUGUCGGUGACCUCGCUGCGGCACGAGCUGUCGGCCUGGAUGCAGGCCCAGGCCGCGGAGCGAGGGGCGACGCCCUCCAUGCGCGCCACCGCGUCCUCCCACCCCGCAGUGUACGCCAAGUUUGUGCGCUUUGUGGCGCUGAAGCAGGCGCUGCGGCACCUGGAGGAGGGGCGGCAGGGGUCGAGCAUGUGA